AUGUCUCUCUUUGUUCUUGCCGAGACGCCUGCAGGCUACGGCCUGUUGAAGGCGACCGACAAGAAGAUGCUCAAGAAUGCCGAUCUCGCGGCUGAGCUGGGAAAGCCUGAGCGCCUCGUUGAGAUGCUCAAGCUCAAGAAAUUUGUCAAGUUCGACAGCGCCGCCAUGGCCCUGGAAGAGGCUGCCGCCCUUAGCCAAGGCCAGAUUCCUCCUCUCCUCAGCUCUCUGCUGGAGGAUCUCCAGGCCGAGAAGAAGGCCUCCUUGGCUGUUGCCGACCUCAAGCUGGGCACUGCCAUCUCCAACCUGCCCAAGCUCAACGUUUCUCCGGUCGCUGGCACCGAGACAAUGGACCUUUUCCGAGCCGUUCGAGAACACGUUUCGUCUCUUAUCCCUGGCCUCGACCAGGACGUCAUUGACCGCAUGACCCUUGGUCUUUCGCACUCAAUGUCUCGCCACAAGCUCAAGUUCUCUCCUGAUAAGGUUGAUUCGAUGAUCAUCCAGGCCAUCAAGAUGCUCGAUGAUAUUGACAAGGAACUCAAUGUCUACGCCAUGAGAACAAAGGAGUGGUACGGAUGGCACUUCCCCGAGAUGGCCAAGACCCUCAAUGACAACCUGGCCUACGCCCGUGUCGUUCGACACGUUGGCAUGCGCGACAACUUCAAGGAUGCUGAUCUUUCCGAGAUCCUCCCCGAAGAUGUCGAGGUUGCUUUGAAGGCAUCUGCCGAGCUCAGCAUGGGUGUCGAGAUUACCGAGGAGGAUUUGCAAAACGCCAUUGACCUCGCGGACCAGGUUAUUAAGUUUACCGAGUACCGAGCUCAACUCACGUCUUAUCUGGAAAGCCGAAUGCGCGCCAUUGCCCCCAACCUGACUGCCCUGGUCGGCUACUUGGUUGGUGCCCGGCUCAUUUCUCACGCCGGUUCCGUCCUCAGCCUGGCCAAGGCCCCUGGUUCCACCAUCCAGAUUCUCGGUGCCGAGAAGGCUCUUUUCCGAGCUCUCAAGACCAAGAAGGACACCCCCAAGUACGGUAUCAUGUACCACUCUUCUCUCGUUGGCCAAGCUACUGGCAAGAACAAGGGCAAGAUUGCUCGUAUGCUGGCUGCCAAGGUCGCCCUUGGUCUCCGUGUCGAUGCUCUUGGCGACGAGGACGAGGAGGAUGAGGAGCAGCGAGCUAUCCUUGGCCUCACCAACCGUAUCAAGCUUGAGAACUACCUUCGCCGUCUUGAGGGCAAGACUCCUCUGCCCAAGGGCACCAACGUGACUCCUUCCGGAGAAAUCGUUGCUGCCGGACAGUUCACUCUCAAGGACAACAGCAGAUAUGGCGCCGAUGCCGAUGGUGUUGUCGACCACGUCAUGGGUGACGCGGACGAUGAGCCCGCUCCCAAGAGCAAGAAGUCAAAGACCAAGAAGCCCACCAUCGAGGUCGUCGAGGAAAAUGACGUCGAUAUGGAAGACGCCCCCGAGGACUCCGAUGAUGAGGACUCCGAUGCCCCCGCCAAGUCAGUGAAGAAGCUCUCGAGCGCAGAGUACGAGCGCCUGGCCGAGCUCUCUGGCCUCUCCGUCAAGAAGUUCAAGCGAAAGUACGAGCGCGGCGACGUCCAGCUCAACGAGGAUGGCACCCCCAAGGUCUUCAGCAAGAAGGAGCUGAAGAAGCUCCGCAAGGCCGAGGAGGCUGCCCCCGCCGAGGCCACACCCGAGAAGAAGAAGAAGAGAAAGGCCGACGAGGGCGAGUCCGAGUCGAAGAAGGAGAAGAAGCAGAAGAAGAAGAGUGCCGCUUAG